CAUUACUAACUUUUCAAAGGGGGCGGGCGUCGUGUCAACCAGUCUAGCGGUUGCUGUCCACCCGGUGCCCAGUGCUUGCCAUUUUGAUAUUCGUAGUAAUGCCAUGCGAUCAUCGCCAACUUACACACGCGGGCUUCUCUGGUCGAGCUCCUACGUCUACCGUCCACCGAGAAAGCACGGCUUCAAAGGGCUUGUGAACUUCAGUCUGUCGGAGAGCGUUUUCCGCAACUCAUGGUGGUUCUGCAUCAAGACAGAAGACGAACACAUGACAUGCUUAACAACUCCUGUGUUUCUGCUUAUUUCACAACAGCAGCCAUCCCUUUCUGAUUUCGGAAUACGGGCGCGCUCAUAUUGCUGUCGAAUGCCGACCUGUAUAAUUCGAAAAAACUCUAUUGCUAGGCCAAUGCUAGGUUGGAUAAUUAUAGACACUAUGGUCAAACUCGGUUUAUUCAGAAUUGGUAAGAUGGCGACGAAUAAGAUUAAAGUGACGUGUGUCGCUAUUUGUCCAACAUGUGACAUACCACCAAACGCGCCCUCGACAAUCUGGUACACGGCUAACUUAUCAUAUACUACAAAGGCCGCCAGUGCACGUAUUUCAAUGUGUUCACCCAAUAUCAGUAAUUUCAUGUCCGCUCAAGGGUCAGUCUCCAAGAUAUUGUGGCGAUGUGGUCCAGCAAAUCAAAUCCUGACAACAACAUACUUUACUUGGCAACUACUAUGCAGCGCAGCUGCGUCACGAAAGGUCCGUCGAAGCAUCUGCCUGCUUCUGCUUAUGAAACAGAUUCAUCUUCAUACCGGUCUCGAACUGAGUAACUGUCAAAUCCAUCGCUGCUGUGCCCGGUGCUGCCUGGGGCCAGGUCUUGAAGAUCAGUGGUCGUUGGCUAACGAUCGGACCCUAUUGAAUUAUACAAAGUGUCCCAUUGUGUCCUACUUGCCCAAAUGAGAUCCGACGGCGGCAGGGUAGCCGACAUGGCACCCUGGCCGUCUGGAAUCAUUCAUGUUUGUCAAGCGAUCCGCAGCCAGGUUCGACAUCCCACAGAAAAAUCUGCGGAAGAAAUGAAAGCGCAUUCAGGCACUCCGGUCGAUCGAUAGGUCCCUUUUGGAUGCUACCCGGGUUCGAAGACCUCGCAUCGCUGGUGGACAAUAUCACAUUCUGAAGCCGAGUGCCUUUGACAGGUAAUCAGUUUUUCAUUCUACAAGUUUGGAACGCAUUCGAGAGACCUAAGGGUGAGAAUCUACCAGUACAGGGAAUUACUGCCUCAUAGUCGGUUAUUUCGAUCAACGAAUCGGAAUAUAUGUAAGCUAAUUC